AACUUCCUCUCUCAGCCACACAGGAAGCUGAGCCGGCCGGGGCCUAGCCCUGCACCAGCACAGGCCCCCAGGACCCCUGGGGAGAGGGUCUGGCCGGCUGGCGGCCCUGUAGGACCAUGGGAUCCACAGCUGAAGAGAAUCCCCCUGCCAUGUUUGACUGGUUCUUCGAAGCAGCCUGCCCAGCCUCCCCGCAGGAGGAUCCUCCCAUCCUGUGGCAGUUCCCCCCAGAUUUCAAGGACCAGGAAGCUAUGCAGAUGGUGCCCAAAUUCUGCUUCCCUUUUGACGUGGAAAGGGAGCCCCCCAGCCCCGCUGUGCAGCACUUUACCUUCACCCUCACGGACCUGGCUGGCAACCGCAGGUUUGGGUUCUGCCGCCUGCGGGCGGGUGCCCAGAGUUGCCUCUGCAUCCUCAGCCACCUGCCUUGGUUUGAAGUCUUCUACAAGCUGCUCAACAACAUGGGGGACCUCCUGGCCCAGGGCCAAGUCUCAGAAGCGGAGGAACUGCUUCUAAAUCUCCUUCAGCAACCCUCGCCCAGCCCCCAGGCCUUGGUGGGGCUGGAGCUGCUUUCCUGCUUCGUGGCUCCCGAUUCUGAUCGCCUGCCAUCCAUCCCUGAGAACAGGAACCUAACCGAGCUGGUGGUGGCGGUCACCGGCGAGAACAUCAUGGGGCUGUUCGCAGCGCUCCUGGCAGAGCGAAGAGUCCUGCUCACCGCUAGCAAGCUCAGCACCCUGACUUCGUGCGUCCACGCGUCCUGCGCCCUUCUGUACCCCAUGCGCUGGGAGCAUGUGCUGAUCCCCACGCUGCCUCCGCACUUGCUGGACUAUUGCUGCGCACCCAUGCCCUACCUCAUUGGGGUUCACGCCAGUCUCGCGGAGAGAGUGCGUGAUAAAGCCCUGGAGGACGUCGUGGUAAUGAACGUGGACUCCAACACCUUGGAGACACCCUUCGACGACGUGCAGGCGCUACCGCCAGAUGUGGUGUCCCUGUUGAGGCUGCGACUAAGGAAGGUCGCGCUGGUCCCCGGGGAAGGGGUGUCCCGUCUCUUCCUCAAAGCCCAAGCCCUGCUUUUCGGGGGGUACCGCGACGCGCUCGUCUGCAGCCCGGGUCAGCCCGUGACCUUCAGUGAAGAAGCCUUCUUGGCUCAGAAGCCCGGGGCGCCCCUGCAGACCUUCCACCGGCGGGCGGUGCACCUGCAACUGUUCAAACAGUUCAUCGAAGGCCGGCUGGAGAAGCUCAACGCAGGGGAGGGCUUCUCAGAUCUCUUUGAGCAGGAAAUCACCUGCAGCGAGGCCUCCUCAGGCGCCCUUCGCUCCUACCAGCUCUGGGCAGACAACCUGAAGAAAGGUGGUGGUGCCCUUCUGCACUCAGUCAAAGCUAAGACACAACCAGCUGUGAGGAACAUGUACCGCUCGGCCAAGAGUGGCUUGAAGGGGAUGCAGAGCCUUCUCAUGUACAAGGAAGGGGACUCUGGCCUCCAAAGGGGGGGCUCCUUGAGAACCCCGUCCCUCACCAGCCGCUCAGAUCGCCUGCAACAGCGCCUGCCGAUCACCCGGCACUUUGGACAGAGUCGGCCUCUUCGCCCUACCAAGAGACUCCGGCUGGAAGAAGGACCUUCUGAGUCCCUAGGGACACCCCCUCUGAGCCCUGAGGAUGCUGGAGGCUCAUGGCCAGAGGAAGCACUGGACAGCAGCUUCUUGGGGUCUGGAGAAGAAUUGGAUUUGCUGAGCGAGAUUCUGGACAGUCUGAGUGUGGAAGUCAAGAGCACAGGGAGCCUACGACCCAGCCAGAGCCUGGACUGUUGUCACAGAGGGGACACAGACAGUAGCUUCAGCCUGCUCGAGCUACCAGGAAGAUCAAGAUGGCACCCAGAGGAUGAGAAGACACCAGACCCCCAACACCUUUCUCUGCCCACCAAGCUGCCUUCUUUCCAAGACCCCCAGACCUCAGACGCCUCAGGCUGCUCAGAGGACUCCAACUCCCAGCUGCCCUCAGAGGCCAGCCAAGACAUCAUUUCUCCAUCCCAGCCCUCAACUGCCUCUGCAGACCCAAGCAGCCAAGGGGACUCAGAAUCCUCUCUUCUCACGGAGCCCUGCCCCCUAAUCCUACAUGUCUCCUCUCCCCACAAGGCAGCGGAAGAAUCUAGAGUCCAGGAGAGCCCCUGCUCCUGGCUCUCCACUUCACCUACCCAGCCCAACCCCCCAGAAAGUGCCCCAUCUCUGCCCCCCUCAAAGUUCAACCUUGAUACUGCCUGCACAUCCCAGCCCCUGGGUGCUUCCUCCGCUCCCAGUUCCCCCAUCACCCCCAGAGCCCAGUCUUCCCAGGAGCUGCUAGCAGAGCAGGCUCAACUCCACCCCCUCAAAGGCCUGGGAGCCUCUAUUUGCCUGGCUGCACCCACCAGCGAAUGGCCAGAGCCCAAGGCCAGAAGCCAACCCCGAGUCGCUGAGCUUAAGAAGUAUUUUGAGAGUUAAAGUUUAGGAAUCUGGAGAAGACCCCAGUCCCUCAAUAAAGGCACAAGAGCCCAAAGCUAGUUUUUUCCUGGUGCGUCCCUCUAUCUGCUUAGAAACCCCAUCACUCGCCACUCU